AUGGCGAAGGAGAAUAAUCUGUCGAGCUUGGUUCACGAACUGCGUGAAAGGGUCGCCGCAUCUUCCUCCACUCCGGCAAACAUCUUUGGUCACUCUUCUGGAGACGACGAUGCUCUGGAGAUUCGAUUUCGUGCUGUCAUCCCAAAUCUCCUGAAUACCUUCCUUGUCCCUUCUCUCGGCAAAGGGAGGGAAGUUACUGCUGUGAUGAAGCUUGUUGGUCACACAGCAAGGACCAUUCCGGGAGUUUUCUAUCACGGGAAUCCUGCUGCUAUCUUCCCUGUGAUUGGUCGUAUUAUCCCCUUCUUUGCCGAACCAGAGUUUGUUCCUGGGCAUGGGGUACUACUUGAAACUGUUGGCUCUCUCUUAAUGUUGCUGCGUUCCAACUCAAGGAAGGCCUACCGGAUCUUCUUCCAUGACGCUUUGCAGGCCAUUCAAGAUAUGCAACCUAUUGCAUCGCUUAAUUCCAGGGAACCGGAACUCUGUGAAUCUCACAUUCCAUUUAGGUGUUUCUCUAUGUCCUUUUCUGGAAUUUGGGGUGAUUCUUGUCAUCUCUGUGAUCUACCAGAUGCUAAUAAGCCCACAGAUGGGGAUGGUCUUGUGUUGAACUUAUUGGGAGCCCAACGGUGGCAACCUUUUGCUACUUGUAUCAUUAAACUCGUCUGUAAAUGCCUAACCGAGGGGACACUCUACGUCGAGGGUCUCGUCCAUACAUCAUUUGUUACAGCCGCUUCUUCUUUAGUAUGCUGUGGUGGUGCAGAUGUGCAGAUGGCAUGCUUUGAAUUUGCUUCUCUUGUCGGAUCAAUCCGUAGUUUCAACAUCCUCCCUCAUGUGCCCUUGAUACAGUCAAUCAUCCUCCUUUUAGGUGCAGAUGGAGAAGGACUUCCUGUGUACAGGAAUGCGAUUUAUGAUUCUUCCAUUGGACGUUGCCUUACGACAGUAUAUUCCCUCUGCUCUGAUGUUGCUGUCCAACUAACUGCCGAAAGUUUAGUGUUGGUAUUCCCUCAUGCAUUACAGAGAACAAAUAGCGAGGAGCUUAAGGCUUCCUUGUGCAGUGCAUACGUGCGGAUCGUGAAAUCUUGUCCUCCCUGUAUCUGGAAGCUAAAUUGCCUUUUAGAGUUGCUUCAUCUUUCCGAACCUUGUAUUCAAUUGACAGAAUGUUUUAAGGCCGUUACUGUUGUUCUUGGACCUGGUUUUGUUCGAGGUGAGACAACCAAAUCAGGUGAUCAUACAUUAGCAGCAAGUGAUAGACCUGUCAAGGGUGUUCACGUCGGACAAAAAAGGCAUAUUAAUGAUGGAAGCACCUACAAAAGGAAGCGCCUGAAACUUGAUGCUGAUACUCAACAAGGGAUUUACUUGGCUCCUGAAAUUGCCGAUAAGACUGAUGGAGAAAAUGCUGAUAGUCUGCGUGGGAUGAUUAUUUCGACUAUAGAAUCUUUAAAGCCUCCACCUGGUGGACCUAGUCUGUUACGGCCUGAAAUUUCAGUUGUGGCACUUAGCAUACUCACCAAUGCAUUUUGUUUUUGUCCCUGGACUGGUAUGACUCAUCGCUUGUUUCACCAGAUGUAUGCCUGGAUUCCCUGGAUUGCUGAGCAGGUUGAGAAAGAAAAUCCUAUCAUGUUCGAUAUUUCUAUAUACUUGGAAGGAAUUCACAAUCUGCUGCUCAUGCCCGAUUUGGAUUCACGAAACAAAUAUAAAAGUAAAGGGAAUGAUUUGGAUGCCAUACAAGUUGUGCUGAAGCUUUCUUGGACGCAUUUUCUGUUGUUUAGGAGGCCCGGUUCUCUAUUAAAGUCCAAGUGCUUAUCUGUGAGGAUAUGGACAAAGCUUGGUUUACGUGACGGGAGCGGUUUGGAUAUCUUCAGUAUGGCUCUUUCUGAUGACUCUGAACAAGUGCGAGCUGUCGCUGUUAUCUCCAUGCCACUCAAAGUUUUUUUCUCUGAACUUGAUACCCUUCCUCAUAUACUCCGGAAGCUGGAGAGUUUGUUGAAAGAUGAGCAUUUGAUGGCUAAGAAGACCAUUCCUCUGUCCCUUGGCCUCUUAUCGUGCCUCUAUGGAUCGAGUGCCACUGGCUCAGAAAAAACUGCAGGCCAUUUGUUCCUAUAUGAAGAUAUAAAGAAAGAUGAGACUCUGAAUGGUCUGCUUCAAGGUUUCCGAUGUUCAAAAUGUGAUAAAUUUUUCAAAAGCAAAGAUGAGAACCAUUUCAGAAUCAUAGAGACUCCGGAGAUGGUGAAAAUGGAAAUGGAUCAUCAUCGUGAUUGCUUUGAAUCCUUUUAUUUUAAUCUUCUCUAUGAUGAGUCUUGUGAAGAGACUCAACUAGCCUGUGUAGAAGUAAUACGAAGAAUUCUUGGCCACACAGCCCCAGAUAUUCUGGCAAGAAAAAGGUCUCAGUGGAUAAAAUGCCUUCAAUAUCUGUUACUUCAUGUAAAUACAGAUGCAAGGGAAGCAUUCUGUGCUCAGAUUGGUAUCUUUGUACAGCAUCCAAUUUUGAGCUGUUUGUUUCUUGAUGAAGAUGCUAUGGAGAACAGCUGCGAAAGGAAUUUUUUUAAUUUGAUUGAGCAUUCUCUAGCAACAGCUCAGGAUCCUCUUGUCAUCCAGACCCUCUUGGAAUCAACAGCUGAAGUUAUGAUAGCUGUUGAUAUUACCAGUGAGCUUUUCUUGUUUUCUCUUUUCCUGCUGAUUGAUCAGCUCGAUCAUCCAAACUUGAUCGUCCGAAUAAAUGCAUCAAGGCUGACCAGCCGUCCAAAUGUGGUGAGAGAAUUUGCAGAGGCUGUUUUGGGUGUUGAAACUGAAGAACUUGUGAGGAAAAUGGUCCCCAUUGUUCUUCCUAAGCUAUUGGUAUAUUGGCAGGAAAAUUCUCAAGCAGCCAAUACCUUGAACGAACUGGCCAAGGUCUUAGACAUAGAUGUGGUACCUCUAAUAGUAAACUGGCUACCCAGAGUUCUUGCUUUUGCUCUGAAUCAAAAAGAAGAGAGGAAUCUGCUCUCAGUUUUGCAAUUGUAUCACUCACAGAUUGGUUCUGACAACAAGGAAAUUUUUGCUGCUGCAUUACCUGCACUCUUAGAUGAGCUCGUAUGCUUUGUGGACAUUGCUGAUACACCCGAGACAGAUAGAAGACUUCAGAGACUGCCUGAGGCAAUAAAGAAGAUCUCAAAAGUUUUAACAAAUGCGGAAGACCUUCCUGGCUUUCUACAAAACCAUUUUGUUGGGCUCCUCAACAGUAUUGACAGAAAACUGCUUCAUGCAGAUGAUAUUUUUCUUCAAAAACAAGCACUGGAGCGUAUUAAGCUGCUCAUUGAGAUGAUGGGCCACUAUCUCAGCACAUAUGUACCGAAGCUUAUGGUUCUCCUUAUGCAUGCCAUUGACAAAGAUGCACUUCAGAGCGAGGGUCUCUUAGUCUUGCAUUUUUUUACAAAAAAGCUUGCUGCCGUAUCGCCCUCUAGCAUAAAGUAUGUAAUAUCUCAGGUUUUUGCGGCACUUAUACCCUUCUUAGAGGGAGAGAAGGAAGGUCCCCAAGUUGUGAAAAUUCUUGAAGAACUUGUUUUGAAGAAUAGGGAUAUACUAAAGCAGCACAUCUGUGAGUUUCCCCUCUUACCUAGCAUACCUUCCUUAGCAGAAUUGAACAAUGCUAUUCAAGAAGCACGUGGAUUUAUGAGCCUGAAGGAUCAGUUACGAGAUAUUGUAAAUUGUAUGAAACAUGAGAACCUGAACGUUAGGUACAUGGUGGCAUGUGAGCUAAGCAAAUUGCUGUAUCAAAGAAAUGAAGAUGUUGCUGCACUGAUUGCCGGUGAACUUACCUCAGACAUGGAGAUUUUGAGCUCUUUGAUCACAUCUUUACUACAGGGGUGUGCAGAAGAAUCACGAACUAGAGUGGGUCAGAGGUUGAAGUUAGUCUGUGCAGAUUGUCUUGGAGCAAUAGGUGCUAUUGACCCCGCCAAAGUGAGAGUUGCUUCAUGCAGUCGUUUUAAAAUCCAGUGCUCAGAUGAUGAUCUUAUCUUUGAGCUCAUUCACAAACACUUGGCAAGAGCUUUUAGAGCUGCACAGGAUCCAAUCAUACAAGACUCAGCUGCUCUUGCCAUUCAGGAAUUACUAAAGAUUGCUGGUUGUGAGCCAUCAUUAGCUGGAAAUGUUGUUGUGUUUACCCCACAGGAACGUGUGCAACUCAAUGUGUCUGGUUCUAGAAGAUCUGGAGGUAGCAAUGAAGUGCAUGACAGGGGACAAAAACUAUGGGACCGGUUCUCAAACUAUGUUAAAGAACUAAUAGCUCCCUGCUUGACUUCAAGGUUUCAGCUUCCAAAUGUGUCUGACCCUGGAUUAGCUGGAGCAAUUUAUCGGCCUUCGAUGUCGUUCAGAAGGUGGCUAUCCUACUGGAUAAAGAAACUGACAGCACAUGCAACUGGAUCCCGUGUAAGCAUAUUUGCUGCUUGCCGAGGCAUAGUGCGCCACGAUAUGCAGACAGCUACUUAUCUCUUACCAUAUUUAGUUCUGGAUGUUGUUUGCCAUGGGACUGAGGCAGCACGGCUUAGCAUUUCGGAAGAGAUCCUUUCUGUUCUUGAUGCUGCUGCGUCAGAAAAUAGUGGGGUGACGAUAAACAGCUUUGGUGUUGGUCAGAGUGAAGUUUGUGUUCAAGCUGUUUUCACACUUCUUGAUAACCUUGGGCAAUGGGUUGACGAUAUGAAGCAGGCAGUAGCACUCUCAUUGUCUCUGCAGUCAUCAAGCGGUAGGCAAGUAGCACCCAAGUUAAAAGACCAGGCUUCAAGUUCAACAACAGAACAUAACCAACUUCUUGUACAAUGUAAAAAUGUGUUGGAGCUUUUGCUUGCUAUUCCCAAGGUGACCCUUGCUAGGGCAUCAUUCAGGUGUCAAGCUUAUGCCAGGUCAUUGAUGUACCUCGAAUCCCAUGUGCGUGAAAAGUCAGGCUCCUUAAAUCCUGCAGCUGAGAAGACAGGCAUCUUUGAAAAUGCUGAUGUCUCUUCUCUGAUGGGAAUAUACAGCUGCGUUGACGAGCCUGAUGGUCUUUCGGGCUUUGCAAGUUUAAGCAAAUCGUUAAGUUUGCAAGACCAAUUGUUGAUAGAUAAGAAAUCUGGUAACUGGGCAGAAGUGUUUACAGCAUGUGAACAAGCCCUUCAGAUGGAACCGACAUCAGUUCAAAGACACUCAGAUGUUCUUAAUUGCUUACUUAACAUGUGCCACCAUCAGACAAUGGUCACUCAUGUUGAUGGACUAAUUUCCAGAGUACCUGAGUACAAGAAAACAUGGUGCACACAAGGUGUACAAGCUGCAUGGAGACUUGGAAAGUGGGACUUGAUGGAUGAGUAUCUUGGUGGAGCUGAUGAAGAAGGUCUACUCUUCAGUAGCUCAGAUAGUAAUGCCUCCUUUGACAGAGAUGUCGCAAAGAUUCUCCAAGCAAUGAUGAAGAAGGAUCAAUACUCUGUAGCUGAGAGAAUAGCAAUUUCUAAACAAGCUCUCAUUGCUCCUCUAGCUGCUGCAGGCAUGGACUCCUAUACACGAGCUUAUCCUUUUGUUGUCAAACUUCACUUGCUCAGGGAGCUAGAGGACUUCCAGGCGCUGCUUAAUGGGGAUUCAUAUUUGGAGAAAUCAUUUAGUACAAGUGAUCCGGUGUUUUCAAAAGUAGUAGGUAACUGGGAGAACCGGCUCAGGUUUACUCAAUCAUCAUUAUGGACAAGGGAACCGCUCUUAGCUUUCCGAAGGCUUGUCUUUGGUGCCGCUGGGCUUGGUGCACAAGUUGGGAACUGUUGGCUUCAAUAUGCAAAGCUUUGCCGUUUGGCUGGACACUAUGAGACAGCUCACAGGGCAAUUUUGGAAGCUCAGGCUUCUGGUGCACCUAAUGUUCACAUGGAAAAGGCAAAACUUCUUUGGAUCACUAGGCGUUCGGACAGUGCCAUUGUAGAGCUACAACAGUCUCUCCUGAAUAUGCCUGAGGGAGUUGUUGACUCCACUGUAAUAUCUUCUAUCAAUAGCUUAUUGAUGGCUCCCACAAAUCCAGAGCCAACAGUUCGUAACACACAAUCUUUCAAGGAGAAAAAGGAUGUUGCGAAGACUCUUCUUUUGUAUUCAAAAUGGAUCCAUUACAGUGGGCAAAAACAAAAGAAAGAUGUUUUAAAUCUUUACACCCAAGUCAAGGACUUGCAGCCCUGUGAAAAGGGAUAUUUCCACUUGGCUAAGUAUUAUGAUGAACUAUAUGUUGACGCAAGAAAGUGUCAACAAGAGAGCCUUGUAGUGAGCUCUGCAGGUAGCAAAAAAGGCUCUGUCUUGUCGAACUCGAGCACUGAGAAAGCAGGAUGGGAUUACCUUUUUAAGGGAAUGUAUUUCUAUGCUAAGGGACUUCACAGUGGGCACAAGAAUCUCUUUCAAGCACUUCCGAGGCUGUUGACACUGUGGUUUGACUUUGGUACUAUCUACCAAAUGAGUGGUUCAGCAGGAAAUAAGGAAUUAAAAAGUACUCAUAUGAAGAUAAUGAGUUUAAUGAGGGGCUGCUUAAAGGAUCUGCCAACCUAUCAAUGGUUAACUGUGUUGCCUCAGUUGGUUUCUAGAAUUUGUCACCAGAACGGGGAAACAGUACAAAUGGUCAAAAAUAUCAUCACUUCUGUUCUGCAUCAAUUUCCACAACAAGGGCUCUGGAUUAUGGCAGCUGUAUCAAAAUCUACUGUUCUUGCUAGGAGGGAAGCAGCUGCAGAAAUUAUACAAGGCGCACGAAAAGGUUUUAACCAAAGUGACAGAGGCCACAAUCUGUUCAUUCAGUUUGCUAGUUUGACUGAUCAUUUAAUAAAACUGUGCUUCCACGGGGGACAGCCAAGAUCCAAGAUCAUCAAUAUAGCGACUGAAUUCAGUGCCUUGAAAAGAAUGAUGCCGCUGGAUAUCAUCAUGCCAAUUCAACAAUCUCUCACCAUUAGCCUUCCAGCAUUCGAUAUGAACAACAAUGAACGACAACACUCUGCCAGUGUCUUUUCUGAUUCAGAUCUACCAACUAUCUCUGGUAUAGCUGAUGAAGCCGAGAUACUUUCAUCCCUUCAGCGCCCAAAGAAGAUAAUUCUACUGGGAAACGAUGGUGUUGAGUAUCCAUUCCUCUGCAAGCCCAAGGAUGAUCUCAGGAAAGAUGCUCGGAUGAUGGAAUUUACUGCAAUGAUAAACCGCUUACUGUGCAAAUAUCCCGAAAGCAGGCGAAGGAAGCUAUAUAUCCGCACCUUUGCAGUAGUUCCUCUGACUGAGGACUGUGGUAUGGUAGAGUGGGUUCCACAUACACGUGGACUCCGCCAUAUUCUACAAGAUAUAUACAUUUCUUGUGGGAGGUUUGAUCGGCAGAAAACAAAUCCUCAAAUUAAAAGAAUAUAUGAUCAGUGUGCUGUCAAAAAGGAGUCUGAGAUGCUGAAGACCAAGAUCCUCCCUAUGUUCCCUCCAGUUUUCCAUAAAUGGUUCUUGACAACGUUUUCUGAACCAGCUGCUUGGUUUAGGUCACGUGUUGCUUAUGCUCACACCACAGCAGUUUGGUCCAUGGUUGGGCACAUUGUUGGGCUUGGUGAUCGUCACGGAGAAAAUAUACUCUUCGAUUCUACUUCAGGUGACUGUGUUCACGUAGACUUCAGCUGCUUAUUUGACAAAGGCUUGCAACUGGAGAAGCCUGAGUUGGUGCCAUUCAGAUUGACCCAGAACAUGAUCGAUGGUCUGGGCAUCACUGGAUAUGAAGGCAUCUUCAUGAGGGUAUGUGAAAUCACUCUCACAGUGCUGAGGACGCAUAGGGAGACAUUGAUGAGCAUCCUGGAGACUUUCAUCCACGAUCCACUUGUUGAGUGGACAAAAUCACACAAAUCAAGCGGGGUAGAAGUUCAGAACCCGCAUGCUCAGAGGGCUAUAAGCAGCAUUGAAGCCCGUCUGCGGGGGGUGGUUGUCGGUGUUUCCUUACCAGUUGAGGGUCAGGCUCGCCGGUUGAUUGCAGAUGCAGUCUCACUUGAGAAUCUUGGGAAAAUGUACAUCUGGUGGAUGCCCUGGUUCUGA